AUGGCGAGGCUCACGGAUUUCCGCCUCCUGUCGUUCGAUGUAUACGGGACCUUGAUCGACUACGAGACGGGCAUUCUCGAUGGCUUGAGACCUCUGACUGCCGCGAAAGGGCUGACGCGGGAGCAGAUACUCGCGCUGUACCAUGAGCUGGAGGUCGAGCAGCAAACCAAGACUCCCGACAUGCCGUACUCGCAACUGUUGGCCACAGUCUACCCGCAAUUCGCCGCGCGAGUCGGUAUCGAAGCAAAGCCAUCCGCACAAGAGUGUGAGACGUUUGGUCAGUCCAUAGGCACAUGGCCUGCGUUCCCGGACACAGUCGACGCCCUGCAACGGCUUUCCAAGCACUACAAACUGGUGGUGCUCUCGAAUGUGGACAGGGAGAGCUUCAAGGCCAGCAAUGCGGGACCGCUUGGCGGGUUUCGCUUCGACAAGAUCAUCACGGCCCAGGACGUGGGUUCCUACAAGCCCGACCUGCGCAACUUUGAGUACAUGCUCGACACGGUCAAGAAGGACUUUGACGUGAGUAAGAGCGAGGUGCUCCAAACGGCCCAGAGCCAGUUCCACGACCACCACCCCGCGAGGAAGAUGGGCAUCAAGUCCGUGUGGAUCGAGAGGAGAGGAACCAUGGGUAAUCGCGAUGAGAAGAUCUUUGACUGGAAAUUCGUCACGCUGGGUGAUAUGGCUGACGCGGUGGAGCGGGAGGUUGCAAGCAAGGGGUUUUGA